CGUGACGGGCGGAGGGGCGGGAGCGGAGCCCGCAGCGAGGAGCGACCCGGCUGCUGCUGCUGCCGCCGCCUCCGCCUCCGCAGCGCCCGUCGGGAGGCGGCCGGGCAGCGCCGCCGCCGCCGAGCCCCCCCCCUCCCCGCCCCGCUCCGAGCGCCAUGGCGGCCGCGGCCGCCGAGCCCAGCAGCGGCCGGUACCAGCAGUUGCAGAAUGAAGAGGAGCCAGGCGAGACUGCACCAGUGGUGAAUGAUGCCCCUCCACCUUACAGCAGCAUUUCUGCAGAGAAUACAGCUUAUUUUGACUACAAGGAUGAGUCAGGAUUUCCUAAGCCUCCAUCUUACAACGUGGCCACAACACUGCCUAGUUAUGAUGAGGCAGAGAGAACCAAGGCUGAAGCCACAAUUCCCUUGGUUCCUGGAAGAGAUGACGACUUUGUGACACGGGAUGACUUUGACGACACCGACCAGCUGAGGAUAGGAAAUGAUGGCAUUUUCAUGCUAACUUUCUUCAUGGCAUUCCUCUUCAACUGGAUUGGAUUUUUCCUGUCUUUCUGUCUGACUACUUCAGCUGCAGGACGAUACGGGGCCAUUUCUGGGUUUGGUCUGUCUCUUAUUAAAUGGAUCCUCAUUGUUAGGUUCUCCACCUAUUUUCCUGGUUACUUUGAUGGCCAGUAUUGGCUUUGGUGGGUCUUCCUUGUACUAGGUUUUCUGCUGUUUCUCAGAGGAUUUAUUAAUUAUGCAAAGGUUAGGAAGAUGCCAGAUACUUUUUCCACUCUUCCCAGAACCAGAGUUCUCUUUAUUUACUAAAGAUGUUUUCUGGCAAAUGUCUUCCUGCGUUAGUGAAUUCUCCCUCAAGAAGCAACAGGACACCUGCAGGAAGUGAAUCAAGACUCUGGAGCAGAAGAAAAAAUAAUCACCUGCUUUAAAAUACAUAAAAAAAUAAAAGUACUGUUGGAAAAAAAAAAGGAGAAGCAUUUCUUUCUAUUUGUUUCUAGGUGUAAAAUUUUAAUAAUUAAUGCAGAAUUCUGUAAUCAUUGAAUCAUUAGUGGCUAAUGUUUGAAAAAGCUAUUGCAGUCGAGUCUGUGACGUGCUCAUAAAGCCUUAUCUAGGUAGUUUCUGUAGUGAUUUCGGUAGCAUGAGCCCUGCCCCUGGAGCCAGCAGGGGACAGGCUUGCUUUAUUUCCUCCUCCAUCCUGGGAGCGGGUUUGGGCUCUGGUCUGUCCUGUACAGCCUGCGUCAUGCUGACAGCCCGAAGGGAUGAUCUCAAAAGUUGAAGCGAUGGCAUUGCUAUGGUUACACGCCUUUCUGCUGCUUAAAUCCAACAGCACCUGUGCUGCCUGUGGCUGAAAGGAAAAAUGGGUCUAUGCGGUACAGAUUCUUGAGGUGUAAUUGGGAGAGAGUAUGAUUUUUGAAGGUGGCACAAGUAUUAAUUUUUUAAUAGUCUAUAUUCUCAAUGUUGUAGUAUACUUUACUUUCAUACUACCUACUUUUUGGACUAUAUAGGGAUUUUCACAGUACACAUUGGUAGUGUAAAAAUGAAAGAUCACGUUGCAACUUUGUAUAAAAAAUUACCUUGCAAAACAAAGGCCUUUUUUUUUUUUUUUUUCCUUUGGCUUGGGACUUUUGAGACAAUUCCUAUCAUACCUGUAAUUCUUGCUUUUAUAAUUUGUGUUAGCAGAGACUAUGAUGCGUUAUAAAUGUAGAUUUAAUGUGCACUUCUGUGCUUUCUGCCAAGUGGUAAUUCACUUUGGAGUUUUACUAUGUUAAAACUGUAAAUAUAGCAGAACAUUAAUAAAUGUCACUUAUGUAGCAA